UACGGCAGUCGUGUUCCCUGUUAUCAGCCAGCAUGGAGGCAGAGGAGUCCGAGAAGGCAACUACGGAGCAAGAGCCGCUGGAGGAGACAGACCAGAAACUAGAGGAGGAAGAAGAGCAGGAGGAAUCCGAGGAAUCCGAAGAAGCAGCUCGUGGCAGCAAGAAGCGGGUAGUUCCGGGUAUUGUGUACUUGGGACAUAUCCCGCCGCGCUUCCGGCCCCUGCACGUCCGCAACCUUCUCAGCGCCUACGGUGAGGUUGGACGCGUUUUUUUUCAGGCUGAGGACCGGUUCGUGAGACGCAAGAAGAAGGCAGCAGCGGCCACAGGAGGAAAAAAGCGGUCCUACAGCAAGGACUACACCGAGGGCUGGGUGGAGUUCCGUGACAAGCGCGUGGCCAAGCGCGUGGCGUCCAGUCUACACAAUACGCCUAUGGGUGCCCGCAGGCGCAGCCCCUUUCGUUAUGACUUAUGGAACCUUAAGUAUUUGCACCGUUUCACCUGGUCCCACCUCAGUGAGCACCUUGCUUUUGAGCGCCAGGUGCGCCGGCAGCGCCUUCGAGCCGAGGUUGCUCAGGCCAAGCGUGAAACUGACUUCUAUCUUCGAAGUGUGGAGAAGGGACAACGUUUCCUUGCUGCUGAUGGGGAUCCUGCCCGCCCGGAUGGCUCCUGGGCAUUUGCCCAGCGUCCUACUGAACAGGAGCUGAGGGCCCGGAAAGCAGCCCGGCCAGGGGGACGUGAACGGGCUCGCCUGGCUACUGCCCAGGACCAGGCCCGCUCGAACCGAGGGCUCCUUGCCAGGAUCUUUGGAGCUCCACCACCCUCAGAGAGUAUGGAGCGACCCUCCCUGGUCAGAGACUCCUGAGGAGCAGGGAAGCCCCUUUUGUCUCCUGGCCCUGCCCUGCUUCCUGUCUACCUCAGAGUGAUAAUGACUACCCAGGCACAUAAUUUUAUUGUGUUACUCAGAUCAAGAGUCUCUGGUGAAGGCUCAGACAUGGAGGUUUUGUGGGCUUCCUCUCUCCCCGUGCCUAACUCCUCUAUAUGCUUGACUGAGUCACCUAAUUCAUACUAGCACGAUUAUGACUAUUGAAGAUGUCUGUUUUGUUUUGUUUGACUUUUGGCUGCUUGCCUCCAGCCCAGUGGGGCCCCCUAAAAAUCCCACUUCUGACUCCAGGAGGGGCCUUAUUUGCAACUAGAGUGAUAAUGCCUUGCCUAGGCAAUCUUGUUCUAUUUAGCAACUACGGGAAAGGGCAGCAGCAGCAGCAUCCUUUUUAUUUAGAAAAAGUUAACAGGUAUAGGAAUUAACAGGGUGGAACUGG